AUGUGGCUGCCGGACAUAUCGAAGGCGCCAUUGUGGAAGGCAGAAGCAAAGCUGGAAAAAAGCUACAGCAAGACGUUCGGUUCCCGAACGCUUCCAGAUGGCACACAGCAGCCGCAGUCAUCGUCAGAUCUCCUCUUCCUGGCCUCCUGCACCAAACUUCUCACUGCCGUUGCUGUCCUGCAAUGCGUCGACAAAGGUCUGCUCUCACUGGACGCAGACCUACGACCAACCUACUUCAAGGACCAGAAAGUCCUCACCAGCUUCGAAGAAGGCGGCUCGCCAACCUACGAGGACAUCAAGAAGCCUCUCACGCUCCGCCACCUCCUCACCCACUCCAGCGGUCUGGCCUACCACUUCCUCAACCCGACCAUCAACCGCUGGAUCGAAGCCAACCCCAUUCCGAGCGAUUCAUCUGGCCUCACAGUACCGACCCGCUACCACCACCCCCUCGCCUUUCAACCCGGCGAAGGUUGGGUCUAUGGCGUCGGACUUGACUGGGCUGGCCACAUCUUGGAACAAACCACCAACACCAAGCUCGACGCCUACAUCCGCACGCACAUCCUCAAACCCCUCGGUAUCCCCGAGACAGACCUCUCUUUCUCCCCCGUCGCCGAAGGCCUGGGCGAUCGCAUGGUCGAUCUCAACCCCAAGGACCCGGACGGCGAAGGGCUGAGCGUCAGUAACGGAAUGCGGUUCAAAAUUCCUGGAGAUCCGUCCUGCUAUGGUGGUCAAGGUGGUUAUGCUACUGGUUCCGCAUAUGCGGCAGUCUUGCAUAGUUUGCUGCUCAACGAUGGCAAGAUCCUCACUCCAGGAAGCGUGACGGAGAUGCUGACGCCGCAGCUCGAGCCCGGCGCAAAGGCAGCUUUAGCAGCGACGAUGCAGACGCCAUUCGCUGGCAUCGUCGGCGUCGAUGGCUCAAGCGGGAGCUGGGACUAUGGACUCAGCGGCCUACUUACCACGGAAGCCUCGGAUGUGAACGGGCUGGGUAAGGGUGCGAUGACCUGGGGAGGUGGGAUGAAUAGUUGCUGGGUCCUGGACCCGGAGAGGGGUGUCUGUGGAUUCGUGGCACCGCAAAUGGGUUUGCCGGCGGAUGUUGGGAAGGCGAGGGAGUUGAAGUGGGUGUUUCGGUCGGAGUUGAGGGGAGUAUUGGAGGGCAGGGAGGCUUGA